UUCUCGGUAAAAUCCGCUAAAAGAAGCAUCGAUAGCAUCUAAAAUUUAAGUGGCUUUUAGUUAAUUUCCAUAACGACAAUCUUGCCAACAUAUAAAGCAAAGCAAACAUGUAGACUAAAUUACAUCAGUUCGAACGAUGGAUCACCGUACACUAAUUAUACUCCUCUCCUUAAACCUCUUAACUGCUUCCGUUCCUGUGAAGCGAGGAGCAAAAGCCACUUGUAACUCUUGUCAUGAUACCGAAGAAGGAAAAAUAAACAUCCACUUAGUGCCGCAUUCGCACGACGAUGUCGGCUGGCUCAAGACAGUGGACCAAUACUAUUACGGAUCUGGAGUUGCCAACACUCAGCAAGACGCAGGUGUGCAGUAUAUAAUUGCGUCGGCCGUGGAGGCCCUGAAAAGCCAUCCGGAGCGAAGAUUUAUACAAGUCGAGACUGCUUUCUUCUGGAAAUGGUGGCAAAAACAAAACGGCCGGGUCAAGCAGGACGUGGUUGAUUUGGUUAAUAAUGGACAAUUGGAGAUUAUUAAUGGGGCUUGGUCCAUGAAUGAUGAGGCGGCGUCUCAUUAUCACUCAACCAUAGAUCAGUACACUUGGGGCUUCCGGAUUUUGAACGAUACUCUAGGUGAAUGUGCAAGGCCAAAAUUCGGCUGGCAGAUUGAUCCGUUCGGACAUAGCAGAGAACAUGCCUCGCUACUCGCUCAACUUGGUUUUCAAGGUUUGGUUGUUGGACGAAUUGAUUACAGAGAUAAAGAGAAAAGAAGAGAGAACGGAAAUUUGGAUUUACUGUGGCAUUCAAGUGCCAAUUUAGAAAACUCAGAAAUAUUUACUACAAUGUUUCCCGAUCUCUACGUCUCAGAAUCAGGCUUUUGCUUCGAUAUAAUUUGUUCCGAUAGAACUAUAAUCGACGACGAAGAAAGCCCAGAAUAUAACUUACAAGAAAAAGUUGAACAGUUUGCUCAAAAAAUGGAUACUUAUGUCGGCUAUUACUCAACAUCAAAUCUCCUUAUCCCAAUGGGUGGAGAUUUUCAUUAUCAAGCAGCAGAAAUUAACUUUUCAAACUUAGAUAAACUUAUCAAAGGAUUUAAAAAUCACAGAAAAUACAAUGUUUUUUAUUCAACUCCGUCCUGUUACAUCGAAGCCGUAAACAAGGAGCUUACCAAAAACUCAAAAGAACUGACUGAAAAAACAGAUGACUUCUUCCCAUACGCUUCUGAUAAUCAUUCAUUUUGGACUGGAUAUUUUACGUCAAGGCCGACUUCCAAAAGAUAUGAAAGACAGGCAAACAAUAUCCUCCAAAGUGCCAAACAACUCGCCGCCUUUUCGAAGGUAAAUGGACAAAAUUUUGACAAUAGUCUUGAUGCUCUGAGGGCAGCUAUAGGGGUGAUGCAACACCAUGAUGCUAUUACAGGGACUGAAAAACAAGCGGUAGCUGACGACUAUACUCGAAUUCUUACUAAAGCAUUAAGGGAGGUUGAAUCACCUGCUGGGAUUAUUGUUGGCAAUCUUUUGAAGAAGAAUUCCGAAGAAGUUAAUUUAAAUCUGACAACUUGCCUUUUAGCCAACAUGAGCAUUUGUCAAGAGUCACAACAAGAUAAAUUUUUAGUUGUUGUCCAAAAUCCUCUUUCUAGAAUUGUUACUCAUUAUUUACGACUUCCUGUUGAUGGUGACAGUUAUAAAAUCGUAGGUCCAGACGGGGAAGAAAUAUAUGAUAUUUUUGAUACAAUUCACAGCUUUGAUUACGUGGAUGAAGACACAAAACCAAGUUCAAAAGAAUUAGUUUUUGCGGCUAGAGACUUACCUCCUCUAGGUCUUAAACUUUAUUAUGUCGAAAAACUUAAUACAUCUUCAACUAGUUAUAAGUCUUUUAAAGAAAUUAAUUCAGAUGAUACUUAUUUUGGAACUGAGACAAACGGUUUUAAUGUUGAUAAUGAAACUGGUAAAAUUACAUCAAUAACAAUUAGGGGCAAUAAACUAGAUAUAACGCAAGAUUUUUUCUACUAUACUGGUUUCAAGGGUAGCAACGGUGGUAGUGAAAAUCGAGCAUCUGGAGCGUAUAUUUUUAGACCAACUCAAACCGAAGCAAUACCUUUCACCACACAAGCAAUCACUUUUAAAAGUGCUAAAGGAAAUCUUGUCGAUCAGUUUAUUCAAAUCUAUAACUACGAACUAACUCAAAUUAUUCGAGUUUAUAAAGGAGAAGAAGAUGCUUACAUUGAAUUUGAUUGGCUUGUUGGACAUCUGCAAAGGGUCGAUCAAAAAGGCAAAGAAGUAAUUACGAGAUUUACGGUUGAUAAUUUUACCAAUGCUGGUGUAUUUUAUACUGACUCCAAUGGUCGUGAGCAAAUUAGACGGGAACUGAAUACCAGGAACGAUUAUGAGUAUGAUUCCGAGGAAGAACCGGUUGCUAGUAACUACUACCCUGUAACUUCCAAAAUUGUUAUCAAAGAUGAAAAUAGAUGCUUGGAGGUAGCUGUGUUAAAUGAUAGAGCCCAAGGUGGCUCCAGUUUGACCGAAGGAAGUAUUGAAUUAAUGAUUCACAGAAGUUGUUCGCGAGAUGAUUCUUUCGGAGUGGAAGAAGUUUUAAAUGAGCGACAAUACGGUAUAGGGAUUUAUGUUCGAGGUCAACAUUUUCUUACAUUCGGGUCUACAGAAUUUACUGUUGAAAAUGGGACUUCUACACCAGCUUUUGAACGAGAUUUGGCACAGAAAAAACUACUAUCGCCUUGGAUACUCGUAGCGGAUGUCACUGACGAGAAAUUUGAUUCUUUAGAAAAAGUACAGAAUUUAUUGCAUUUUCAGUUGGAAGGUCUUACAAAAUCAUUACCCAAUAAUGUACACAUUUUAACUUUUGAACCUUGGAGAGACGAUACUUACUUAUUACGCCUGGAACACUUUUUAGAGAAGGACGAAGAUGCUAAAUUGUCACAAGCUGUUACAAUUGAUUUAGAGGGACUCUUUGCCACUUUCAAUAUCAGUGACAUUGUUGAAACGACUCUGGGUGGGAAUCAAUUGUUGGAUGACUACAAUAAUGAAGAAAAACUAAUUUGGAACGGCAUUGUUCGCAGGCCUUUAGCUAAAUUGGAUCCAGAUAAUCUCUUACAAAUUGAAUUGGGUCCUAUGCAAAUUAGAACUUUUAUUGUAAAAGUAACAAAAAAAUAACGAUGCUAAUUCUAUUUAAAACUUUUCAAUAUACGUAUUACUUUUCUUA